CUGGAGACAGAUCAGUCGUGGAUUUUUCAGAGUUGGAGUGACAUAUGUUCAGUUUUUCUCGCCUCAGAACGUAAUCAGCUAGGGCAGUAUUGGACACCACGUGACACCCCUCGAAUGUUUUAUUUUGGCGGAAGAUUCUAAUCUGAAUUGAAUCGAAAGUGAAUUGAAGGCAUAAAUAGGUAACAUUUGAGAAAAGUGUCAUGCAACGACUGACUGAACACGACGAGGCCGUGCUGGACGCUAUUUUUGAUCCGCUCCAGCUAAUAUCCGAUGCAAAUAGGAUCAGUUCUGAUGAGCUUGUAGGCGAUCCAAACGAUGGAGUAGAUGAGAAAGUUUUGGAGCUGGUGAAAACUGGAAUCGAAACGGCGGAGGCCGGGAGAAUCGAUGAAGCGCUGAGGAUUUUUGAUGAGGCGAGGGAAAGGGCCCCCGAUGAUGCCUCGAUCUUGAAUGAUCGGGCGCAAGCUCUUCGACUCGCUGGACGAAUUAGCGACGCAUUGGAAAAUUUGAACGAAGCCUUGAGAAUGACCAACUCCCGGGGAAAAGUGGCUGGUAAGGCACUGUGUCAACGCGGUCUACUUCAUCGUCUCGCGGGUCGAGAGGACCAGGCCAAACAGGACUUCCAAGAAGCUGCUAAAAAUGGCUCCACUUUCGCACGCACUCAAUUGGUGCAUCUCAACCCCUACGCCGCCAUGUGCAAUGCCAUGCUCAAGGAAAUUAACUCAAAAUCCUAAAUUCAGCAUUCGUGUUUUACCCAAUUAAGAAUGUUUAUCCGAAACCGCAAGUACUCAGAAAAUUUUUAUUCAGUUUGAACUGAUGGACUUUGUUCAUUUAAAUGCAUUUCGUCAAAGCUAUUGCAACCAAUUUUCCUUAAUCAUCAGAAAUGAAGAUUUCAUGUGUUCCCCGUCAGUCUAAAAAAUGACAGAAUUUUCCCCGAACAUGAAAAAAUUAAAUUUUCGAAAAAUGGAUAAACAUCCUUAAUUGACUUGAUGAUGGAUAGAUUCCAAUAAUAAACGUCCCAUCCACUUUUAAUAAUGGUCAGGAAGCAAUUCAUAUUUACAGCUGAAAUGCGAUUGGAUUCUCAUCUAAAAUCGUUUGUAGUUGAUUGUAGAAUUCAGUACAUUUUUUCCCAUCGCCCUCUAUUUUUAUUUUUAUUUCUGGAAUCUUCCAGUAGGUGAACUAUCAAUUUGAAAAUAAAUUCCAUAAGAGCCCGUAUAUAAUAAAAAAAAUUGGUUCAUUUAA